UAGUAGAAUACAACAACAUGGAAACACAACACAACACAAACGUGAACAUAAAGAAUCAAUCUUCUAUAAUGUGUUCUUCAGAGUUUUCAUUUUCUUCAACUGCAGAGGAAGUUACUCAUGGGAUUGAUGCCACUGGCCUCACCGCUAUUGUCACAGGAACAACCAAUGGUAUUGGCAUUGAGACUGCACGAGUUCUAGCUUUGCGUGGGGUUCAUGUGAUUAUGGGGGUAAGAAAUCUUGUUGCAGGACAAAAUGUGAGAGAAGCAAUACUUAAGGAUAUUCCAAUAGCUAAAGUUGAUGUGAUGGAGUUAGAUCUUAGUUCAAUGGCAUCUGUUAGGAAAUUUGCAUCAAACUUCAAUUCCUCUAAUCUACCAUUGAACAUUCUCAUAAACAAUGCAGGAAUUUGUGCAACUCCUUUCACAUUAUCCAAAGACAACAUUGAACUACAAUUUGCUACAAAUUAUUUAGGUCAUUUUCUUUUAACAAAUCUUUUAUUGGACACUAUGAAGAAGACAACAAGUGAAAGCAAGAAAGAAGGAAGAAUUAUUAAUGUCUCAUCUGAUGGUCACCAAUAUACAUAUCCCGAAGGAAUCCUUUUUGGUAAAAUUAAUGAUGAAUCAAGUUACCAUAGAUGGAAGGCUUAUGGUCAAUCUAAGCUUGCUAACAUUUUACAUAGCAAUGAACUUGCAAGAUAUCUCAAGGAAGAUGGAGUUGAUAUUACUGCAAAUUCUCUUCACCCAGGAGCUAUUUUUACCAACAUUGUAAGUCCUGAGGUUGGUCAAACUAUCCCAAAAGAUCUACUAAAUGUGUUGGGGGAAAUUGUAAUUAAGAGUGUCCAACAGGGAGCAGCAACAACAUGCUAUGUAGCAUUGAACUCACAAGUGAAGGGAAUUAGUGGCAAGUAUUUUUGUGACAGUAAUGUGGCUGAACCAAACUCACAGGGAACAAACACAGAUUUGGCAAAGAAACUUUGGGAUUUCAGCAUUAAAUUAAUUGAAUAGAAUAUGCUAAAAUUCAUAUGUACUUUAAAUUAAAUAUGAUCACCUUUUACCACUAUAGUCUAGUGGCAUUGAGUUGAAAUGUUAUUAAACACAUUACAUGGAAAUACCAAAAGGUCAUUAAAUUAGAA